AAUACCUAUAUAUGAUAUAUCAGGAAUAUGCCUUGAUGUCUUGCUAUAUUUCUUAUUGUUGAGUGUUUAUACAACAUAUGUAAACUAGAAUGCUGAUGAUAAUCAAGAGGCCGGCCGGAUAGGAGCUCAUUCCGAAAGCGUUCUAUCGAUGAUAUCUGUUCUUGGAAACAAAGGAUGCAACUCUUGGCAGGGGAAGGCGAAAAUGUCAUUUUGUAUGACAAGGUGCAAGCUAAGAGAAGAAACAACAUAUGGACGCGAGUUUGUGAUUUUAGAAAAUGGAAACAAGAUAGAUAGCUCAAAACGAGCUCUUACUCCGAUGAUAUACAGUGAAAGUGAGAGGUACAACUCUAAUCGAAUAUGCACAUACAGAUCAUAGUGAAGAAUGGAUUCUGAUAUGUACUGCUUUGAUUUCUCUGAUGCUGAGAUAACACCCUCCACUGGCACCGUCCAUGAGGAGAACCCAUCGAUGAAUCCGCUGUUUGGUAGCCAGGUGGCUGUGCCAGGAAUUGGAGAAAACAUGUAUGGUAUUGGGACUGGUAGCCAUGAACUGAAAUACGGAUUGGCAGAUCACCGACACCAACAGCAGACAGAAAUACCGAACCAAUGGAUGGUGAAUAUGAACAACAUGUCCGUGAAUCAUCAAGCAGCCCUAGAACAACCAGCUGGAAGUUCUCGGUCUUCAAAGGAUCCUAAAAAGUUGGCUAGACAACGUAGUGACAAGAAUUAUCGUGAAAAAAAGAAGCAAGAGACGAAAGACCUCAAGAGAAAGGUGGAUGUGCUGAUGGAAAGAAACGACCAUCUGGAGAAAGAAAAUGCCAACUUGAAGAAGGAGGGAGAUCGGAUGGAAAAGGCUUUGAAACAAGGCAAAAGAGAUGUUCACCAAUUGAAGGGCAAGCACGACGGACUAUCUACUACUGUAACGGAGAUUUCCAGGGCACUGGCUGAGUCGAAAUAUAAUAUGGAGAUCCAACGUGAAAAUGAACGGCUCAAAUGUAAGAUCAAUUUGCUGGCUAAACAAAUGAAGAAUCCUGACAGCUUAGAUACAAUCAAGCUUCAGGCAAGAAUCGCACAACUAGAGGGUGAAAAUAGCGCACGCCAGCUAGUAAUCGAUGCUCUGUGCGCAAAGAUGAAAAAGGACACAGAUGAUGAACCAUAAAUGAGAAUGAUAAGGCUGGUGGUUGCAGACGUGGUGCGGUGGUGGAUUUGAAUGCAAAGGAGGUUAAUGAGAGCAUUUAAUAGCGCCUGGGAUUUUUUGCUUUGAAAAUGGAAGUUAAAUUUGCUUUGUUCUUUAAGUUGGGAGUAGUUUGAAAGGUCAAACUCUUGGUUUGUUCUUUAAAUGGCGAAGACUUUAUCACUUAGCUUAUAUGUACUAGGAUUAUCAUAUUUCUACUACUCUGCUAAAGAACUGAAAUUUAUAAAGUAUGAAUGAAUUUUUUUU